UUUUGCUGUUUCAUCCUAAACCGACGCUCGUGAAACCACCACUGUGACCAGCCGCGUCACGACCGCGGUGGCCUUGUCGCAAUGAUGCGUGGAGGCGGCAACUCUGCGAUUGAAAAAGUUCAUCCUGAGGAACACGUCACGGACGAGGUCAAAGCCUUGGGGUCUCCGCGGGCUGCGUCCCCUCCAGGGGCAGCGCCGGUCGGUUCUUUUUCGCCGUCCUUGACUCCCUCUGCAGCGUCGUCUGCGGCAGGUGUGCCCCCGUAUGGCAGCGGACGGGAAGUCAUGUGCUACGUGCUGUUCUUGGUCGUGUUUGUGAUCGUAACAGCGUACAAUCAAGGUACAGCGUCGACGUAUUACUACACCAACACGAUCCACCAAGCUGUCGUGGGCACGCCGUUUCGGUCGUCGACGGAUGGGACUGCGUCGCCGUCUUCGCCACCAACAGCACUUCCUCCUGCAAACUCUCUUUCGUCAGCCCAACGCGAGGGGCUCCUGCUGACGUUUGGCACGAUGCAGACAAUUCCAGAUGUAUGGGAUUGGCUGCAAGGACCGCUCGUGACCACGUUGUACCCCCCGCCAUCCCUCGCAGGCGGAGUGACGCUUACAAACGCUCGCAUUGGUGGCGUUCGUCUUCGCCAAGUCCGAGUGCAGCCGAACUCGUGCCGUGUUCAAGACGAAUACACCAACUUGAUAUCGUACUGCUUUGGGACGCUGUCUCCCGCCACCGAGAGCAAUUUCGGGUUCGGGCCGAUUCAAAACUCGCUCAACGUGUCCCACGCGUCGGCGGGUGUGUUUGCCAAGUCGUACUUUGGGCCGUCUCCAACCUACAACGACCUCAUGCAGUGUAUUCAGUCGUGCGCGGUGUCGGUCGGGUCGCUGUAUGGGUUGGACAAGGCGCGGUACGCCGCCGAGUACAACAACGAAUGCUCGCUCAGCUGCACAUGCUUUUACUCGGACAGCGCCAACUGCAAACUUGGCAACUCCGACGCACCAAAACCCGUGUACACGUACAUGUGGUCCCCCGCUGUGGCUGACGCGAUCGACGGCGUCCUCGGGCCGAUUCCAGGCUCCGGUUACGUCGUGGAUUUACCUGUCAAUGGUACGAGUGCCCACGGAAUUGUCCAACUGCUCCGGGACAACCAGUUUCUCGACGUCGCGACGCGAGCGCUGGUUGUUGAGUUUGCCGUGUUCAACCCGUACUUGCAGCUCUUCGACAUGGUGACGGGAGUCAUCGAGUUUCCUCCCACCGGUGGUGUUGUCGCGGCCAUGCGAUCGUCUGCCCUGAACGUGUAUGGCUACGGCCCGGACUCGGGUGGUCGCGUGUUCUUUGAAGUUGCCCUCGCGCUGGGGGUUGUGGGGUAUGCCGGCGAAAUCUUGUACCAACUCUACCGUCGGCGACCGACUGAGUACAUCACGUCGUCGGGAUGGACGCAAUUGCAUGUUGUCAACAUGGCCCUGUUUGUGACCGCCAUCACGCUGCGCCUCGUGGCCAUCCAUGCCGUGUACGGCAGCGACACUGUCAAUUUGAACACUGCAUCGCCGACCCACUUGUUUUUGUACCUGACGUCGCUGGCCAACCUCGGGACACUCGAGCGCACGAUCAACGCCGUCAACGCAGUACUCUCCUGGCUGACCUUGCUCAAGUACACGCAGAUCUCGAGGCGCAUGUACACGCUCGUGCAGGUUCUCAGCCAGGCCAUGACGGACCUUGUCAGCUGCAUCUUGCUCUUCUUCAUUUGCCUUCUUGGCUACGCGCAGGCGGGGUUUCUGGCGUUUUCAACGACGGCACCGGGGUUUCGCACGUUUGGGCAGUCGGUCGUCACCGUGCUAGAAGCUCUGACGUUUCGACUGGACUACACCGAGCUCGUUCAGGCCAACGCAGCGCUUGCCCCCGUGUACUUUAUCUCGUUCUACAUUCUGCUUGUGCUCGUGGUCGUGAACGUUUUUAUCGCCGUGUUGCAAGACGCAUUCGCGACUGUCCAAAAGCAACAAGCGACGGCGUUGAUGACCAAGGAGGCGGCGAUUCGAUUUCCUUUUGCAAGCGGUGUGUGGAGCACACUGCGCUUCCAUUGCAAGCGCCAGUGGACGUCGAUUAAGUACGGAGCGAGUGCCGCGGCGAAGCUUCCGAUGCCGACCGCGGCCAAGCAUGGCCGGAACGACGACAGCGCCGACUUUGGCGGGACAGCGGGGCAGUUGCACCCGUACAUGGCGAUGGAAAUGCAAGCGUUGAGCGAAAAACUCUCGACAAUGAUGCGUGCCCACGACGAAAAACGAAACAAACUCGACAACAUCGAAGCAAUGCUCCGAUCGAUCGAAGACACGUGCAUGGAACUCAAGAUGGAGAAGGACAAACUCACCGCGUCGCUGUAGAACGAUAGGCGAUGCGUGGGGUACAUUGAAUCCAUGCUGUACUCGGUGGACUCUGC